AGAGGAAAGUCAUUUUAUUUCUCAAUUUUCUUCAUUCUUUUGUGCAAAAACCGAAUUAGAGACUUUCCUCAAGAAAGAACAAAAAAAAAACAAAAAAAAUUCUCUUCUACAUGUACCAAACACAACAUUAGAGAGAGAGAGGAGAGAGAAAAUAUGGGCGGCAGGGAAGAGGCAUUGGUUGCAGCGGCGCUACGAGUGCUGAACACUGCGGACCCAGUUGAGAAAGCCCGACUCGGUGACGAAGUAGCAACGAAAUGGCUACAAGGUCUCAUCACCCAACCCUACGACCCUUCCCUAGACGUCACUGUACCUGAUCGCCCCUCCAGACUCACCAAUGUGAAGCUGGUGCCACCCAGUCUGAUGCCAAAGCUUGGGAAAGCAGGUAGCUUGCAGAGCAGACAGGCCAUUGUGCAUAGUCUUGUUCAUACUGAAAGCUGGGCUAUUGACUUGUCUUGGGAUAUAAUUGCUCGUUUUGGCAAGCAAGAGGCUAUGCCAACGGAAUUCUUCACUGACUUUGUGAAGGUAGCUCAAGAAGAAGGUCGACACUUCAGCCUCCUUGCAGCACGACUUGAGGAGAUGGGUUCCUUCUAUGGAGCAUUGCCUGCUCAUGAUGGUCUCUGGGACUCCGCCACUUCCACUUCCAAGGACUUGUUAGCACGUCUGGCAGUUGAACAUUGUGUUCAUGAGGCUAGAGGGCUCGACGUGCUGCCCACAACAAUCUCUCGUUUCCGCAAUGGAGGCGAUAACCGAACAGCUGAUCUACUGGAGACGGUGGUUUACCCGGAAGAGAUUACCCAUUGUGCUGCUGGAGUAAAAUGGUUCAAGUAUCUUUGCUUGAGAUCUAGAGAUCUAGUUUCAGGUGGUGACGCCAGAUCCUCUCAAGAAGUUGGAGAUAGGGAAAGUGAUGCCAUGAUGGAAGAGAAUGAUGUGGUGAUUCGCAAGUUUCACGCAACUGUGAGAAUGUACUUCAGGGGGCCACUGAAGCCUCCCUUUAACGAGGCAGCUAGAAAAGCUGCUGGUUUUGGCCCCCAAUGGUAUGAGCCUCUUGCGACCAAAGAGGGCUAUGUAGAAUGAUAAAGCAAAUCGAUUCUAGAUACCAAGAGCUUGGAUUGAUGAUAAAGUUCUUAUGUUUUCCUGUGCUCUUAACUAGGGAAAAAUUUGUCUGCAUUUUGAUUAUUAUUAUUAUUAUUAUUUAAACACUGUUAAUUUUCUACAUAGUUCCUUCUAUCUGUAUUUUUGUUGGCCUUUACUACCAAGUAGGUCGUGUCGUGGUGUGCAUUUUCCUUGGUUUUUGGCAGGGAACAGAAAGUUUUGAUAUGCUUGGUUCAAUGUGGCACAUGAAUUCUCAAGAUGUGAAGUUUGUUAACCCAAAAUUUAUAAGAAUUAUCAAAUGCUUUUAGGGCCUCA